GCGCUCCCCUGGGCGGUUUGGGAAAGUGGUGCCGUUUGCCUCGCCUUCUCCCUGCCUCGCCGAAGGCGGAGCGUCUGCCAGGGGGCCCCGUGCGCCGUGUCAUGGAGGCUCAGUGCGCGAGCGGCCAUUGAAGGGACAGGAGCUGCGUGUUUCGCAAGAGGAGGCGGCGGCCUGGGGGUGGCGGUGGAGCUCCUGCUGGAAGAGGAGGAGCUGCAGCAACUGCGUGGAGUUCCCAACUCCAUUUGCAUCUCCUGCGAGUCCUUUUUUUAUUGAUUUGGAGAAGGAGGGAGUUCCCUCCUUCAUUUUGCAUCCCCACCCCUCCACCCCUCUGGGGUCCCCUCCCUCGGGUAGUUUUGCGCCCCUCUCUCCCUCCACUUUGGAGAGGGGGUUUUCAAGCAGGGCGGCAAAGGUGGGGGGGGCGAUGGAGAUGAAGAAGCGCGUUAACCUGGAGUUGAGGAACCGAGCGCCCGAGGAGGUGGCUGAACUGGAUCUGGAUAGCUGUCGGUCUAGCAGUGGUGAAAUUGAAGGCCUGAAUGACACUUUUAAAGAACUAGAGUUUCUCAGCAUGGCCAGUGUCGAGCUGACGUCAUUGGCCAAGCUUCCCACCUUGACUAAGCUUCGAAAGCUCGAACUAAGCAAUAACCGAAUUUCUGGAGGUCUGGAAGUCCUGGCUGAGAGAUGUCCAAAUCUCACAUACUUAAAUCUGAGUGGCAACAAAAUCAAAGAUCUCAGCACCGUAGAAGCCCUUCAAAAUCUUAAGAAUUUGAAGAGUCUUGAUUUGUUUAACUGUGAGAUCACAAACCUGGAAGAUUACAGAGAAAGCGUAUUUGACUUGCUUCAGCAAAUCACAUAUCUAGAUGGGUUCGAUCAAGAGGAUAAUGAGGCCCCUGACUCGGAAGAUGAAGAGGAUGAAGAUGGGGAUGAAGAUGAGGAGGAAGAAGAUGAAGACAAAGCUGGUCCUCCAGGAGAAUAUGAAGAGAACGAUGAGGAAGAUGACGAUGGUUCAGACUUAGGGGAGGGUGAAGGUGAAGAAGAGGAGGAUGAGGAGGAAGUAGGUCUUUCCUACUUGAUGAAAGAAGAGAUUCAGGAUGAAGAAGAUGAUGAUGAUUAUGUAGAGGAGAAUGAGAAUGAGGAAGGUGAAGCAGCAGCAGAAGGUGUCCGAGGGGAGAAAAGAAAGCGUGCUGCUGAAGAUGAAGGAGAUGAGGAUGAUGAUUAAGCUGUAGAAAAUAAAUAGGACCAGAUGCAUUUUUGUUGCAGGAUACGCAAUAGUGAUACUAGGUAUCCCUACAAAAUAUUCAUGUGUUAACCUUUUAUAGGAAGUGUGUUUUUACUAUUUUUCCCCUUUUUAUCAUUCCAACUAAGACGUAAUAGCCCACAGUUGAUCAUGUGCAGAGGACACAGUUUUAUCCCUUUUAAUCACCGAAGCAGUUGUCUCCCUCUGCCCUGCUCCUUCUUCUCUAGAAGCUUUUUUCCCUCCAGAUUUUUUUCUCUGUUGGGUUUUUAUGUGAGCAUGUUGUUAGUUCUGGUCAGAGUUAAGCAAGACAUUUACAAAUUUAAUUCAGGCUUUUAAAGAUUGUACACUGAAGUCACUGCAGAGUAACAUACUGUAAAGUGAUAACCAACAUUUCAUUAGGAAAGAUUUAUAUCCGAGGUGAAAAGAAGGCUGUGUGAAAUUAAGAAUUUGGAUAGCAAUUGGCUUAUUUUAAAAGGACAUACGAAGAAAACAGGCAACGUCUUGAAUCUCCUACUUUCUUGUAUACGUUAUACACAGACACACACCUUUCCCUAAAGAGCGUCUGUGCGCCUCUGUAUGGAAGACACAGGAUCAGCUCUCUACUUUUUCCAUAAAAGCAUGAAAAGAGACCUGAUGGAUCAGGCCAAAGGCCCAUCUAGUCCAGGACUCUGUUGAGAAAAGAAAGUACAACUUCAUACAGUAUGUAAUUUAAGCUGUGGAAUGUGCUCCUGCAAGAAGUAGCGAUGGCCACUAAACUGGAUCGCUUUCAAAGAGGAGUAGACAAAUUCAUGGAGGAGGAGGAGGCCAUCAGUGGCUACUAGCCCUCAUGGCUAUGUACUUCCUCUAGUGCCUGAGCUAUCUUCCUCUCUGUACCAGCUGCUGAGAAUCACAAAUAAGGAGAGUUCUGUUGUGCUCAGGUCAUGCUGGUGAGCUUCUCAGACGCAUUUAGUUGGCCGCUGUGAGACCAUGAUGUUGAACUAGGCGGGCCUUUGGCCUGGUCAGGAAGGACUUUUAUGGGGAAAAGUGAGACACUUAAGAUAAAAACAAAGAUUUUAUCAAUCCCUUGAUAGCCUCGAAAUGCUUACAUACAGUUUAUUCAAGUUUAUCAUUCACUUUGUGUUACCUUUCUGACCAUUAUAGCCAAACAAGAUCCAUAUUUCUGAUGCAAAUUUCAGAAUUCUACCUCUUUUUUAAAUUUUAAAAUCCUGAAAUGUUUCAGGCUUUCAUUAAAAACAUUUUUUUAAAAAAAUAGGAGAGGUGUUUUUUUAUGUCACCUUUUAAAGCAACAGUUAGCAGGUAGACUAUGCCAGUGGACCAGGCCUAGAGCAUGGUGGUUGAAAUUUCUAGCUGUUUGCCAGCCCUCCUGAAGCCACCAAUGGGGAGUUGGUUGGCUGGGUCUAAAGGGUGCAUUUAGUCAUAAAAAGGACGAUGGAGAGGGGGAACCAACAGUUAAUUGUCCAUAGGCGAUCCUUAGUUCAUAGGGCACCAAUUGUUUCCCUUAGAAGUAUGGGUCUUGUUGAAGGAAACUGCUAGGCCAGAAUUCUUCUUCUGGAAAGCUUCAGAAAUUUGUUCACUGCACACGUCAACAAGACAAUAAGCCUUUUCUCCAAGAGGUGUGAUGGCAACAAAACUGGUUGUUGUAGAUCCUUAUGCAGGUUGUUUUUUUAAAAAACAAGAAGUAGCUACUGGACUCUGGGAGCUGCUGCAGUUUUUACUUAUGACAGACUAACUUGGAUUGUUAAAUAUUUUACCCAAAUGAUACACAGCUGUAUUUGAGAGAUACUAUUUUUUUAUUAUCUGUCCUGCCUAGGAGAAGCUGUCACUAAUAUGGUUUUAGAUAAAGGGUAUUUUUACAUAGAUGAUGGGAGUUGGCCCUUACUACAGUUGCCUGUGAAUAUAAAUAAUACAUUACACACACUGGUAUGUUUAGUAUGCGACAUCAAACUCUAAUAUAGUUUUGAUGAUACUGCAUUUGAGAAGCUUGGCAAAACAUAGUCUUUUCUCUCUCUCUCUCUCUCUUCCCUGCCCCUUUCACAGCUAACUUUAAAAGGCAUUGAUCAGAAUGAAAUGCAAAAAGGCAAUUGAGUAGAAUAUCUGAGUAUUUUUAAAUAUCUUAACUAAAAGGACUUGGUAAAGCUUUAUUCCAAUCCUGUUACAUUUGUGUAUGAAUGAAUUUUAGAAACUUUUAAGUGUAUGCUGUUGUCCUGAAAGUUCUGUGUUUAAAAGCGGAGUUACUUUGUACUCAUUCUGAUUCCCUCCUUUCCAUAAUACUCUUUUGUUUUUAAAGUUAGUCUCAGCAAAUAAAACAUUUCCAUUAUAUAAAAAAGGAAAUAUUUAAUUGUUGGGAGUGGCUUGUAACAACAUCUUCUGUCCGUAGCACAGGCAUGUGCUCUGACUGAUGCCACAGAGCUGUUGAGCACCCCAUUCAUCUCAGUGGAAGGGAAUAGAUUUCCACACACAGGAAUCUGCCCUCUGUUCUGAUUUCCUCUUUUGAAAUUAGGGAGGAAUCUCCCAAGUGUGCUCAAACUCCUGCGCCAAUUUUUUUUAAAAAGUCUGAAUCAGUGAUUUUUAGAAGAAUUUUUCAAAGUUACCUUCAAUGAAUUACAACUUUUAGUAAGCAAGUUUGCAUUUGUGUAUUGUAAAGGCUGAAAAGUUUUUUUUUUUUUUAAGUGGGAGUAAAAUGAAACCAAGCAUACCACUAUGGUUAUACAUACAAUGGAUUUAAAUAGUUUUAUGACUUCUCUAAGGAUCUUUUGUGUAGUAGGUGUAAAACUACCGGAUAAACACAUCGCCACUGUUUUUGAGUUGUCAGCUUUAGUAUGUGAUCAAAAUACAACUUUUUUUCUUCUUAAGACAAAAAAAAGGGUAACACAGAUCCUCUGGAUAACUUUUGGAAUUUUUUUUGCGCUUGGUGGGUUCUUUAAUAAAAAUAUGUUAAGGGUGGGUUUUAUAUUUUGUAGAGACUUUGUCCUAUUUGGAUGCUCUUUAUAUGGCAGUAUGUAUAUAGUGUGUUCAAUUCCUUUUCAAAUUCUAAAAAAAGAGACACAAACUUUGAAGCAAUUGGUUUUUGUGCAACUGUGUUUUGAAAAAGCCAUGACAGUGUUAAAUAGAACAAAUUCCUACAGCACACUUCUAAUGGAUUUUAGUUGUAACAGAACGUGGGUGUUUUCCCCCCUGUGUGAUGUAAAUUUUAAAUUAAAGAUUUUCAAACUGAAAA